CAAAUUCCAUCCAGAUCUCGCCGACAACGACCCAUGUCUCUGCUUGCGUCCAAGCAUGUGGAAUUCGAAGUUGUGUGGAGGGAAAUCGAGCCAUCGGUGGAGGUGCUGGUCAGCGGCAACCACGACCCGUUUUCUUACGACAAGUGGCAGAGUGUGUAUCGAGGCGUGUACAACAUUUGCACAAACCCUGGAACCCCUCAAGCAGAAACGCUCUUCCAACAUCUCCGCGAUGUGUUUGUCCAGCGCGUGUCCGACAUCGCGGACGUCCUGAUGGCUGAACACGGGGAAGCACAGUUCUUGGCUCAAUACUGCUCGCAUUUCAAUAUGUUUUCAACGGGCACGGCUUAUGUGUCGGAAUUGUUCAGCUACUUGAAUCGGUAUUGGAUUCAAUACGCCCAUUCCGAAUAUGGCCAAGCCCCAAUUCAAGGAGUGUACCCCAUUCCAGAGCUGGCGUUGCGAAUCUGGAGAGAUGUGCUCUACACCAAGCUAAAGCCUCGAGUCAUUGCAGCUCUUUUGCACCUGUUCCACCGGGACAGGGAAAACGGCGGCGACAACUUUGAGCACGGCGACCUCAUUGCAUCGACUGUCGAGAUUUUUGUUGUGCUCGGCCUGAACAAGCAAGAUCCGCUCAAAUUGUACCGAGAAGACUUGGAGGCGCACUUCCUCGCUGACGCUGCCAACUUUUACUCGGCACUAGCACAAGACCUAUUGGGCAGCGUUUCUAUUGCAGAGUACCUUGUCGUCGUUGAGAAGGUGUGUAAGCAGGAAGAGCGCCGCUGCGAAGGCAAGAUGCAUCGCAUCACGGUCUUGCAAACGAGACAAACAUGUUGUCGUGUGCUGGUCGAAGAGCACGCCGAGCGAAUUUGCGACGAUGCGGAAGCUUUCCUCGACAACCACCAGAUCCACGACCUACGCCGUUUGUUUGUGCUGUUUUCAGAGUUGCCCACCGCCCACGCGCUUGCCAUGUUGAAGAACAUAUUCAAAAAAUACGUCGAGCGCACGGGCCUGGCAAUUGUAAAGCAAUUUGAAAGCCACGACACAAUGCGGAACCCGGAAGAGUACAUUGAGACACUGGUGGCCGUGCGAGAAAAGUUUUACGCGGUCGUCAAGACCGCGUUCGAGUUGCAUCCGUUGAUGCGCACAGCGCUGGAUCAAGCGUGCCGGUCGUUUACGAAUGCCCAUCCGUCGUUGCCGGAGCUCUUGGCCAAGUACACGCACGUGCUCAUGACCAAAUCCAAGUACUCGACCGACGACGGCAUGGAAAAGCGAGUGGAAUCGGUCGGCGUUGUGUUUUGCCUGCUGGACGACAAAGAUGUGUUCAAGACAAUGUACUCCACGUUGCUGGCGAAGCGGUUGAUUCAAGGCGGCGCCGUCGCGAUGGAUCUCGAGCUGUCGUUGAUUCAAAAGCUGCGGGACAUUUGUGGAUGCGACUUUGUCUCGAAGCUUCAGAAAAUGUUCACCGACAAGAUCGUGAGCACCUCCACAAACACGUCGUACAAGGCGUGGAAAGAGGAAAACCACCGCGAACGCGGCUCGCCCGUCGUCGCGACGAUCGACGUUGCAAUCGACGUGUUGACCGCUGGCGCGUGGCCGAUUCCAACGCCAGCGCAAAAAGACCUGAAGCUGCCUGCGGUUUGGUUCGACGAGCUCGAGCUGUUUGCGAAAUUCUACGGCACACAGAGCACCGGUCGCCGUCUGCAUUGGGUGCACCACAUGUCCCAUGGAAUCGUGCGAGUGGCGGUCGCGGGCCGACGGUUUGACUUGCACGCCACCUACCACCAAAUGGCGCUGCUUCUCCUGUUCAACGAGUGCGACUCGGCCACGAUGGACGACCUGAUGGCCAAGACGAGCUGGACCAAGCUCGACAUUCAGCAUCACAUGCAGCCUCUCGUCAAGGUCAAACUGUUUGCGUUGUGCCUGAACGAGACAUCCGACGUGCACGCAUAUUCGUUCAACACUGCGUUUACGUCGAAGCGAUCGCAUCUCACGGUGCUUCCAAAGUACACACAACUGAGCCGUCCCAAAGCCAAGUCGGCCGCGCCGUCGCGCGAAGUGGUGGAGGACCGAAAAAUGACGAUGCAAGCCGCAAUCGUGCGCAUCAUGAAGUCGAGGCGCGAGUUGUCGUUUGCCACGUUGCUGUCUGAAACGACGCACAUGCUCGCGAUGCAAUUCGUGCCAACCCAAGCGUUCCUGCAGCAAAACCUCGACGUGCUGGUCGACAAGGAGUACAUUCGUGUGGCCGCCCAAGGGACCGCCACCAUGCCGGACGCAGCUCGAGCGCAUGCCGCCGUGUAUGUCUACGUCGCGUAGCUGUGAGAAUAUACGUCAGUCGAGCACGCUUCCACCACUCCCAUGCGCCGCGGUCAAACAUCGCCAUCGAUAUAACCCAAGUCGCAAAGUAUGAAUUCGAUCGAUCGACUACACCAACUGCCGAUACUCUCGCGACCGCGUGUGAUGCUGUAAAAACAACACCCCCGCGACCAGACCGGCGGCAAACAUGGCAAAGUAGGCAAACGCAGACACAAUGGGAAACGAAGCCGACGCCGUCAUCGUGCUGUCUGCGAGCAGCACUUGGGGAGGAGGGUUGUAGGCUUGUUUCGCGGGCCACGCGGCGUAGUUUGUCGACUCGAGCCACCACGCGGGGUACCCCGGGACAUGCAUGUCGCCAGCCCGGUCGCCUUCAAUCACGUAGCCGUCGUUGAAUUUGCCCACGAGCUUGAAUGCAAAGGUCCACCACCGAUCGACCAUCGCUUGAGCAAACUCGUUGUUGCGGCGUUCGAUAAAGUCAAGGCGCGCCGACACGUCCGUGAGGUUGUGUACUUGAACGACGGUCUCGGCCUCGAGCGCAAUCGCUUCGUCCUGAAUCGCGUCCAGCUCCUUUUUCACGUCGGCGUGGAUGAGGUCGUACCGCAGCAUGCUCCAGUUGUUGACAAACUGAAAGGCCCACCACGCGGCCUUUGGGUUGAAUUCGUGGCGGCGACCCACGAGAUACGACGGUGGAAUCGUGCGCUGGGCACACGAAAACGGCGUGUAGAUCGACCCAUGGGGGGCGCCCAGCGCGUACCAAGUCACACCGCCAACGUCGUCUGGGAGGUUGCCGCGCGCUUGCAAGACAAAGCUAUGGGUCGUUCGGUGCAUCGACACCGAUCGUUCCCACCCGCCUUGCACGCCUUUGUUGGACCCGCCGUAUCGCACUGGGUUGCCAAACGGACCCGCCGCCGUCUCCUUUGUCAUGUCGUACGGCGUGCCUUCGUAAUGGUCGCGCAUCAUGUCCAUCAGGCGCUUUGGCGUCACUUUCUCGUCCGGCGCGACAGAAAAUGGAUACGUUUCAACGGUGGGAUGCUGGCCCAGCGUCGAGUCAAACUUUUUGGACGGCGCAAACACGUCGAAGAUGCGCCAGAUGCGACGUCCGCCGUACAGGGGCUUGGUCGGGCCUGGUUUCGCCCACGAAUACGCCGCGGCAAAAUCAAACGGACCCGACGCUGGGUCCCACCACCCCAUGUCCUUUGCAAACGACUCGACAUUGGACGACGCCAUAAAGUUGUCUGGGUCGGCCAGGUUGAGCUGGCGGAUGACAAACGAGUUGGCGACGACAGCAAUGUGAUCGUCAGGCACGCGUUGCGCUGCCCACACAGCGCUGCUGUUGUUCGGCCCCGUCAAGAUGUGAAAAAUCCAAGAUUCGCCAUACUUGUCUGAAAUGCCCAGCGCUUCCGACGAGCUCCCGUAGUUGGCGCGUUGGUUCUUUCCAUAUUCACCGAAAAAGCCAUGGGUCUCGGCCAAGUCGCCCAUGAGUUGGAUGGCACACCGAGCGCUGUCGCAACGUUCGAGGGCAAUCUUCGACAGCUCUUCAAUGCCAAACAAGUUGUGACCGUAAUGCAGGGACUUGGGCCACCCCACGGUCUUUGCCGCGCAGGUGCUUUCAGCAAUACUCAACUGGACGUCGUUCAUCAUGCCAUAGUCGUGAUCAAAGUAGCCAUGUGUGUACGGGACUUGAGGGAUGUGGCCGAUGAUUUUCGACACGGGUUGAUCGCCCACGGGCUCAUACAACGGACCGCGAUCCAUUGUUACCAAGCGAGGAUAUCCAUUUCGCUGAAAGUUGUGCACAUGACGCACGGACCCUUCCGAGUGAUUCAUGGCUGGUACGCGCACCAUGCGUAAAUCGGAUGGGUUCAAGCCAGCGUCGUUGGUGUGGGUCACCAUGACUGAUCCAUCUGCCGUCGCUUUCUUGCCCACAGCAAUCACCGUGCAUCCUUCGAUUUGGGGGGUCGCAACGAGCGCCAACGCCAGGACCGCCCACUUGAGCAUCGUUCGUUGUCG